GUGUUUGCUGAGCCCGGCCUCUGCGCGUGGGCGUGGACGUGGGUGUGGGGGCGGGUGCAGGCGAACGGCUGCCGGUCAGGUGUACUUGUCCCGUUGAGUUGCGCGGGUCGCGUUCGAGGGCAUGGACGACAGGUACGCUGCGCUUCGGCGGGCCCAGCUGCAUCUGGAUUUCAUCCAUGCCAACUCCACCACUCACAGUUUCCUUUUUGGAGCACUGGCUGAAUUGCUGGACAAUGCAAGAGAUGCAGGCGCUGAAAGGCUUGAUGUCUUUUCAGUGGAUAAUGAAAACCUGCAGGGGGGCUUCAUGUUGUGUUUCCUGGAUGAUGGAUGUGGCAUGAGCCCUGAGGAGGCUUCAGACAUCAUUUACUUUGGACGAUCCAAAAAACGGCUGUCAACCUUGAAGUUCAUAGGGCAAUACGGCAAUGGUCUUAAAAGUGGGUCCAUGAGAAUUGGAAAAGACUUUAUUCUUUUUACGAAGAAGGAAGAAACGAUGACCUGUGUGUUUUUUUCUCAGACGUUCUGUGAAGAAGAAAGUCUUAGUGAGGUUGUAGUUCCAAUGCCCUCAUGGUUAAUAAGAACCAGAGAAUCUGUCACAGAUGAUCCCCAGAAAUUCGCAAUGGAAUUAUCUAUAAUUUACAAAUACUCACCAUUUAAAACUGAAGCAGAAUUGAUGCAGCAGUUUGAUGUGAUCUAUGGAAAAUGUGGUACUUUGCUGGUUAUUUAUAACUUGAAGCUUCUGCUUAAUGGAGAACCAGAGUUGGAUGUUAAAACUGACAAAGAGGAUAUACUGGUGGCUGGAGCUCUGGAGGAAAAGUAUCUUUAUGUCACAUCUUCUUUUAAAGGAGCAUUUAAAAAUGAAGUUAAAAAGGCAGAAGAAGCAGUAAAGAUUGCUGAAUUCGUAUUGAAAGAAGCACAAAUCAAAGUAAACCAGUGUGACAGAACCUCUUUAUCUUCUGCCAAGGAUGUAUUACAGAGAGCUUUGGAAGAUGUAGAAGCAAAGCAAAAGAAUCUUAAAGAGAAACAAAGAGAAUUAAAGAAAGCCAGAACACUCUCCCUGUUCUAUGGAGUGAACGUGGAAAACCGAAGCCAAGCUGGAAUGUUCAUUUACAGUAAUAACCGUUUGAUCAAAAUGCAUGAAAAAGUGGGCUCACAGUUGAAACUGAAGUCCUUACUUGGCGCAGGCGUGGUUGGAAUUGUUAAUAUACCCUUGGAGGUCAUGGAACCAUCCCAUAAUAAACAGGAAUUUCUCAAUGUCCAAGAGUAUAAUCAUCUACUAAAAGUCAUGGGACAGUACUUGGUCCAGUACUGUAAGGACACCGGCAUCAAUAAUAGAAAUCUAACAUUGUUUUGCAAUGAAUUUGGAUGCCAGAAUGACAUCGACAUGGAGAAACCUUUAAAUUCUAUUCAACAUCAAAGAAGACAAGCCAUGGGUAUCCCAUUCAUCAUACAAUGUGAUCUUUGUCUUAAAUGGAGAGUCUUGCCUUCCUCUACUGAUUAUCAGGAAAAAGAAUUUUUUGACAUUUGGAUUUGUGCUAAUAAUCCCAACCGCUUGGAAAACAGUUGUCAUCAGGUAGAACAUCUACCUUCCAUCCCGCUGGGCACCAUGAGCACAAUAUCACCAUCAAAAAAUGAGAAAGAGAAGCAACUUAGAGAGUCGGUCCUAAAGUAUCAAAAUAGACUGGCAGAACAGCAGCCACAGCCUCAAUUUAUACCAGUGGACGAAAUCACUGUCACUUCCACCUGCCUAACCUCAGCAGAUAAGGAAAACACCAAAACCCAGAAAAUCAGGCUUUUGGGCGAUGACUUGAAGCAUGAAUCUCUUUCAUCCUUUGAGCUUUCAGUGAGCCAUAGAGGACAGAAAAGAAACAUAGAAGAGACAGACUCUGAUGUAGAAUAUAUUUCAGAAACGAAAAUUAUGAAAAAGUCUAUGGAGGAGAAAAUGAACUCUCAACAGCAGAGACCUCCAGUAGCUCUGCCAGAAAAUGUCAAACUAGCUGAGAGAUCCCAGAAAAGUCAGAUUGCUAAUAUUACCAGUGUCUGGAGAGCCCAACCAACUGAAGAGGCCCUGAAGGAUGCCCAGGCCGCUUUUUGGGAAAUGAAAAAGAAGCAGAGUCUGAACUUUGUAGAGGAAUGUAAGGUGUUGAUUGAAGAUGACAACAGCAAGAGUGAUUCAGAUAUUAUCCUGGUUUCAGAUAAAAGCAACACUGAUGCUUCACUGAAACAAGAAAAAAAGGAAAUUCCUCUGAUAAACCAAGAAAAACAGGAGCUGUGCAAUGAUGUUCUAGCAAUGAAAAGAAGCUCUUCAUUACCUAGCUGGAAAAGGUUGCUUAAUGUGCCGAUGGAAGAUGUGAAUCUAAGUUCUGGACGCAAAGACAGAAUUUGUGUGAGUGGCAGUGAUAAAGUUGCUUCUUUGCCAGCGUCGUCUCAAAGCACACCUGUCAAGGAAACAGUGAGAAAACUGAAGUCUAAAUUAAGGGAGAUUCUUCUGUAUUUUUUUCCUGAGUAUCAGCUACCAUCAGAAUUGGAAGAACCUGCAUUAAGUUGUGAGCUGGAGCAGUGCCCAGAGCAUAUAAACCAAAAGCUGAAAAUGUGUUUCAACCAGGUACAGAAUACUUACAUGGUCCAAUAUGAAAAAAAAAUAAAGAGGAAAUUGCAGUCCAUUAUCUAUGAUUCAAAUACAAGAGGAAUACAUAAUGAAAUCUCUCUGGGGCAAUGUGAAAAUAAAAGAAAAAUCUCUGAGGAUAAGCUGAAGAAUCUUCGUAUAAAACUGGCACUAUUGUUGCAGAAACUUCAACUGGGUGGUCCAGAAGGUGACCUGGAGCAGAUUGACACUUAUUUAGAAGCUUUGCUUAAAGAAGAUAAUCUCCUCCAGAACAAUUUAAAUAAAGUGACUAUAGAUACAAGACAUAGACUCCCUUUAGAAAAAAAAGGAAAAGACUCCUGAAUAUUAAGUCAGAGAAGGUAUUCCCUUUUAAAAAAUGCUGAUAAGAAAAUUGGAAGAUUCUUUAAAAAAUUUUUCUUUUUUGUUGUUACUGUAAAGUCUAUUCUGUUUAACAAUAAGAAAUAAGAAAUAAUUUUUUUCACAUAAGAAAAUUGUACACUCUAGAAAUGGAGACCGAUUUACAAUUUAUAUAUCCCCUAAUCCUAUUGUCUAAAUCUUCCUUUUCUUUUAGAAAUAUUAAUAAUAUUUAGAGUUCUCUAAUUUUCUUGUGAGCUACUGAAAAAAAUGAAAAUGUCACUCAAGCUUAAAUUUUGUUAUUCCUUAAAAUAUUGUCAUUGUAAUUUUGUUAUUCCUUAAAAAAAUUUAAAAGCAGAUGUUUUCAAAAUCAAUAUGCAAAGGACUACAGACUCACCUCCUCUUGAAGAUGUUGAAAAAGAAAGACUUUAUACCCUUUCUCCACUAUAGCCAACACUCAGUAAAGCAGAAAGUACAAAUCCUCUCAAAACUGAGAUAUAGCUUAUAUAAUUUUAUUAUUUUGUCAUAGUAAAAUAAUAAAUCUCCUAAGCAUAAUAUGUAUACAUAUUACACAUAGGUAAAAAUUGUUGUUUCACAUUUACAUAUACAUAAAUAAGCAUGUUUUUACACUUUUCUUGAUAAGUGGUUGUUUUUUUUUUGUUCAGAAAUGUCUGAAACUUUAGACAAAAACAAUAAAACAUUUAAUAUUCAUUUGUGAAACUGUAUAAUUUUAAUUUAUGUAUAUGAACAUAGCAAAAGCCUGGAACAUGGAAAUGGAAUAUGGUAAACUCUUUAUUUCAUUUUUGCCUUUAGCCACUUAAAUACUCUUCUCAAGAGGCAUGUUUUUACCAGUUACUUGUAAAUCUGUCUGCAAUCAAUUAUCUGUAAAACCAUAUAUAUCAUGAUAUAGCUAUAGAUAUGGAUGUAAUGGCAUCCAAAAGAUGGGGCUGUUGCUUUUUCCACUCAAUAUACCUUCAAGAUCAUUCCAUAUUGAGACCAAUACAUGUAAUAAUACAUAUAUAUCGAGAGAUAAUGAGAUAACCUCUCAUUAUCUUCAGCUGCUCCUUAUUAUUUCAUUCAAUGGAAAUACUAAAUCUGUUUAACCAUUUCCUUAUCAAUGCAUGUUUAGGUUUUUAUUGUUCGUUUGGAUUUACAUAUGCACAACAGUGAAUAUCCUUAUAAAUUUGUUCAUUUCACACAGGUACAAUUAUGUCUGUCGAAUGUCUCAGCAAACGAAUUUCUGGAUCAAAGGGUAUAUGCAUUUUAUUAUGAAUAGAUAUUGCCUAAUAGCACUUUGAAAAAAUUGUGUUAGUCUACACUCCUACAGCAAUGUGUGAGUUCCUGUUUCCUCACACCUUCACCUACCUGGUGGAUUACAAAACUUUCUUAUCUUGCUGAUCAAACAGGUGAAAAGUGGUAUAUCCUUGUAGUUUGAACAUACAUUUCUUAUACUUUGAGUGUGAUUGAGCAUCUUUUCAUAUGUUUAAAAGUCAUUCAGAUUUUUAAAUUUGGACUUUCUCAAUUUUUCUACUUGGUGGUGGGUAUUUUUCUUAUUGAUUUGUAAGAACUAUCUUCACAUUAGGGAUAUUAUCUUUUUUAUGUGAUAUAUAUUACAGAUACUUUCUAACAAACUUUUAAGUUUUGUUUUUAUGGUGUUUUGAGUCAUCUGGGAUUUUUUAAAAGAUUAUGAUUGAAUUUCCUUUUGUUUAUGGCUUCUAUGGUCAUAUUUAGAGAGGACUCUCCCAUGCUAAAAUUAUAAAAUAAUUUUGCUUUGUUUUCUUAUAGUGAUUUAUAUUGUUAAACCUAUGAUUCAUCUAAAAUUUAUUUUGGA